UUAGGAAGGAAACCAGGAAGAAAUCUGGUUAACAAUAAGUUUACUUAGUUGUUUAGGAAAAUAAAAGACUAAAAUGCAACUACAAUUACUGUUAUGAUAUUAUUAUGCAAAUAGAAAAUUUCAUCAAAGUAAUUAUUUAAUAGAAUGUCCAACUUAAAAAAUCACACAUGAAAAAAGUUGUGACUUCUGUUUUAAUAUAUAAGAUUAGCUAUGAAAAUCAUAUUUUCUAGCUUUUAUUAAAUGCUUUGAAUAUUUUUCAAAAUAAAUCUAUAGCAAAUGAAUUAAAAUCAAAAUAAAAAAGUUACAGCCUAUUUCUAUAGUAAAGAAACUAAUGGAAUAACAAUAACCAAUUAGUUCAAAUAUGUGUAUGCAUAUUAAGGACAUUUCCAAUUUUACUCUAUAUUUUAAUCUAAAAUGGAGUAAUGAACAAAAAUAGAAUAUUACUCCAUUACUCCAUUUAUAGAGUAGUGUUUUUAUUUUGUGUUCAUUACUCCAUUUUAAAGUAAAAUAUAAAGAGGAAUUGGGAUGCUCUAAUACCAUAUAAACUUGCUUUUUAAAUGUAGUAAAAAAAAGACUUGCUUUUGAAUUGAAUGAUUCAUAAAUGCAAUAAAAUAGAGUAAAAGUAUUUAAUGUAUGGACUUUGAUCAACAAAAUAUUUAAUGUAUGGACAAAUUUAGUCGUACGUUUUUUUUGUAUAUAUAUUUUACAUGGUAAUAGAUUUAUUGUGGUACUCGGUACAAACAUUUAUUAUACGUCUGAUAGAAAAAAAAAUAAGAUGGGAAAAUAUUUACUAUGUUUUUUCCUUGUCCUCCUUUCUGUUGAUUCUAUAAACUCUUAUUUGAUGCCUCCUCUCUUCAGAAAAUUCAAUAUUGAAAUUGUAAACCAGCUAGGGUUUCAGAAAAAACUCAAGGUUCAUUGCAAGAGCGGAAGUCAUGAUUUUCCGAUUACUUAUCUUAAUAUCGGCGAAAAUUUUCAAUUUAAAUUUACCAUCAACCUAAAGACUCUGUAUUGGUGUGAUCUAUGGCAGGGACCAAAUUACAAACACCAUGUGGUUUUUAAUGCGUUUCUUCCAGACAAAGAUUUUAUAGAUGGUACGUGUACUGGAAUGGACCCUAAUGUAUGUAGGUGGAUCGCAAAAGAAGAGGGAGUCUAUGUCCUCAACAAGCAAUUUCACGGGGAAUAUUUCAUGUAUAAAUGGGAUGCUCCCUCAAGAAACACUCGAGUGGGUGCACCUGCGAGUGAAUAUGAAUGAGUUCAAUGAUCUAUAAAUAUAUAUAGUACCAUAUAUUAUCUUUGUACAGUAUUACUAUUAUCAUGUAACAACAAUAAACAAUAAUAAAGAUUUAUUAAA